AUGGACCGUCGUAGUGUUAUAAAACAAAGUUUUAAAUAUUAUUCAAACAUAAUAAUAUCAGCUUUAAUAGAUGAACUGGAAACCGAAUUAAGUAAAAAACAAAAACGAAUAUGGACGAGGAAAUGGCUCCUUCGAAGAGAUACACAUGGUAAUUCGGUUGGAUUAAUAAGAGAACUUGCAAUUGAAGAUAAAUCAGAGUAUAAAAGUUUUAUGAGGAUGACACCAGAGCAGUUCGAAUUUUUGUUACAAGAAAUAUCUCCUAAAAUAAAACGUGAAGAUACGAUUAUGAGACCUGCGAUACCUGCAAAAAUAAAAUUGGAGCUUACCUUAUCACUUUUAGCUACCGGAAACAGUUAUCGUAGUUUAUCUCACUUUUUUCUGGUUUCAAAAGCAGCAAUAAGUAUUUUCGUUCCUGAAGUUUUAGACGCUGUGUUCGAGGCUUUAAAGGAUUAUAUAAAAGUAAGUUGA